UCCAUUAACGUUAAUUUCAUGUAGUUUCCAGCCGGAUUUUUUCACAGAGUCGUACAGCAAUAAUGACGUAACUUCCUCCUGCUAGCAAAAACAAGGGAAGCUAAUUUGUUAGCCACGAAAAUGAGUUUGUUUUUGCCAAAAUUAACUUGCAAAAAAGACAUAGAUGAAGUUAUCAAAGGUGUAGCAGAAAAAGUAUUAGUUUUGAGGUUUGGGAGAGACGAAGACUCGGUUUGUCUCCAUCUCGAUGAGAUUCUGUCAAAAACUGCCCAUGACCUGAGUAACAUGGCAUCCAUCUACAUCGUUGAUGUGGAUAAAGCUCCCAUUUACACAAGAUACUUUGACAUCAGUUACAUCCCCUCCACUGUUUUCUUUUUCAACGGACAGCACAUGAAAGUGGAUUAUGGCUCCCCAGAUCACACCAAGUUUGUCGGCAGCUUCAAGACCAAGCAAGAUUUCAAGGAUCUGAUUGAGGUCAUAUACAGAGGAGCCAUGCGUGGAAAGAUGAUUGUCCAGAGUCCCAUAGAUCCUCAAAAUAUUCCCAAAUAUGACCUCCUCUACCAUGGAAUUUAGAAUCACACCUGCACUGUGCGGCCUUAUGAUCACAAUAACCACUACUGGUUGAUUAACUGACAAAAAAUAGCUUUGGCUUUCAGCCACUAAGCAACCAUCUGAACAGGUUUUGAUAUUAAAGCUGAAGUGUUUCAGAUUUGGAGACUUUAAUAAAUAUGUUAAUUUCCCCAUAGAAGGCAAAUUACAAACAGCACAUUGCCCUUUACUUGUUCUGUUGCUAUCUUUAAAGGUUCCCUGUGGAGUUUUUUUUUUAUCACUAUUAACGCUUUCGAGUAAUGUUUUAUGUGUGGCUCCCCGUUUUGACGUGAUACACAUUCCAGCCAGUGGUUUCACACUAUUCCUCUGAUCAACACAUAACACGUCAAGAAAUUACUACUAAUACUAAUUUGGAAGCUCUGUGAGACAGUGAAAAAGACUGCAAUCUAGUAAAUAUGGAUGUAAACAAUGCAGGGUUUUAAACUUUUAAGAAAAAACGUUUUUGUAAAUGUUUAAUGAGGAAGGAAAUACAUUCAACACAUUAAGGAUACACACAAUUUGUCUUGGUGAGUAACACACAUAUGUAAACUGACUGUAAACAACAAGAAGCUCCACAGGGCACCAUUAAAGAACGUGUACACAAGAACGCUGUUUACCUAAACCUCUGGAGAAUACUGUUAGUAUCAUGAUUUUGAUAAAUGAGGUUCUGCAACUUUAUUCAGAUUUUAUUUAUUUCUUGUGAAAAUGCAGUAUCAUCAUCAUGUUUCCCAUGGAAAAGAGCUGCAUAUCAGCACAGAGAUACAAUUAAUUUAUCCAAUGUGCAUGCUUUGUUUUUAUAAUAAACUUUUAUAUUUUA